AUGCAAGACAUACGAAUAAAUUACUCUGUGGGUAUUACAAUUGGAAGAGCAAUGAGAGCAAAAAAGAUAGCAACAACACUUCUUGAUGGAGAUGCUAACAAUCAGUAUGCUAUGCUAUGGAGGUAUGCAGAUGAGUUAAGAAGGGUUUCCAAUGGUAAUACCAUCAAGAUUAAUGUUGAAAGACCAGCUCCAUCUUUAUUACCAAGGUUUAGUUCUUUCUACUUUUGCUUCGAGGGUAGUAAAAAGGGUUUCAUCCAUGGAUGUAGACCUUUUAUUGGAGUUGAUGGGUGUCACCUAAAGACAAAAUAUGGUGGCCAACUUCUGAUAGCUGUUGGUAGGGAUCCUAAUGACCAAUACUUUCCAUUGGCUUUUGGGGUUGUUGAGACAGAAACUAAGGAGAGCUGGAGAUGGUUUCUCCAGUUGUUGAUGGAAGAUAUUGGACAAGAUAAGAGAUAUGUUUUUAUCUCAGAUCAGCAAAAGGGAUUGAUAGCUGUGUUUCAAGAAAUGUUUGAUAGUAUUGAGCACAGAUUAUGUCUCAGGCACCUAUAUGCAAACUUUAAGAAGAAAUUUGGAGGAGGAACUCAUAUUAGAGAUUUGAUGAUGGGAGCUGCUAAGGCAACUUACUAUCAAGGCUGGUUGCAGAAGAUGAAUGAACUUAAGGCUCUUGAUAAGAAAGCUUGGGACUGGUUAAUGGCAGUUCCCACAAAAAAUUGGUUUGCUAGGGAUAAGCCUAUAUUGACCAUGUGUGAAUGGAUUAGAACUUACCUUAUGAAUAGGAUGGCAACCUCUACCACCAAGUUAGAGAAAUGGCAACAUAGAAUCAUGCCCAUGCCUAUGAGAAGGUUAGAUAAAGAGGUCUAUAUGAGUGGUCAAUGGAUUACAACUUGGUCCAUAGAUGAAGAAUUUCAAGUUGCACAUCAAUUUAAUGGUCAACAGUUUAAAGUUGAUAUUGCCAAAAAAACUUGUAGUUGUAAUUUUUGGGAAUUGAUUGGGAUUCCAUGUAGACAUGCUAUUGCUGCACUAGGUUAUAGGAAACAAAACCCUUCAGACUUUGUAGAUCACUAUUAUACAAAGGAAAAAUAUGCACUUUGUUAUGGUUUUGGUGUGAGUACUAUAAAUGGUAUGGACAUGUGGCCUGAACCUGAAAAUGCUGAAGAGCGACCAGAAAUUUUGCCACCUAUUUACAAAACUGGUCCAGGUAGGCCAAAGAAGGUGAGAAUUAGAGAAUUUGAUGAGGAUGGUGUUAGGAAGAGGAAAAGAGGUGUAAAAUAUAGAUGUACCACAUGUAAUAGUUUUAAGCACAAUGCAGCAACAUGUAAAAGCAAGACUCAAGACCCAGAAGCAAUGAACAGAAAGAGAAAACAACCAAGAGGCAAAGAUAAUACAAACAGUGAAUCCAAGCAAGACACUGCAAACACUGAAAUUGCUGAACCAAUUGCAACCACUGAAGUUGUGAUUGAUGCUAGUCAGAGUCAAGUUGAAGCUGUCAUUGAUGCUAGUCAGAGUUUUUUUGAUGAAAUACCUGAUGAAGUUAUGGCAACAGUUCCUGAAAUCAAUCAUGAUGAUAUUCCAAAGAAGGCCAAAUCUGUGAAGGACAAUGCAGUAAAGGAUAUGCCAGUCAAGGACAAGGCCAAAACUGUCAAGAAAAAAACUACAAUGGUUGAACCUGAGAAAAGAAGACAAAGUGAAAGGCAGAAGGCUAAUUGGGUUAAAAAACCAACUAUAGGUCCUGGGAAAUGAAUCAAAGCUUGAAACCUGUUUUAGAGCUAUGAAGUCUUGGAACAAAAUUUCAAAGUAGUUAUGAUGUUAAUUAGUAAUGACUUAUGUUUUUCAUUAUGUAAUCAGUGAUGCACUUUAUGUGCCAUUUUGGAAUGACUGAUGCACCUCUUUUGAAAUCAUGUAAUGAAUUUUGCACUAUAUAUGCUCUUUUUGGAAUCAUGUAAUGAUAUUAUGCACUAUAUUAUGAAAUUCUUAUGUGCUAUUUUGCACUAAA